AUGGCGGGAACAACGGACCACGCACUGCCUGUGAUAAAUCUCACUCCCCUGGAGGAUACCUUGAAAACCCUCCUUCUGGAUGUUGCAGAAUAUGCGCGGGAAAAGGCGAUUCAAGAUGGAGCAAAGGACGCGGAUCUUCCUCGAACCGUACUUCGGUUCACUGGAGGUUGGGUGCGGGACAAGCUUCUAGGUGUCGACAGCCAUGAUAUUGAUGUGGCAAUCAAUACAAUGACCGGCUAUCAGUUUGGCUUGAUACUCAAGAAGUACCUGGACAAGCCAAAGAGAUUGGACAAGUACAAGCAAAAACUUGCGAAGAGCGGCACGACCAACCACAUCGGCAAGCUUCAUAAGAUCGACGCCAAUCCAGAGAAGUCCAAACACCUAGAAACAGUGACGACGAAAAUAUUCGGCUUAGACAUAGACUUCGUGAACUUGCGGAAGGAGGUGUACACGGACGACAGCAGAAACCCUCAGAUGGAAUUUGGCACCGCCGAGGAGGAUGCCGUACGCCGCGAUGCGACGAUCAAUGCGCUUUUCUACAAUUUGAACGAGUCCAAGGUGGAGGAUCUUACUGGAAGCGGCCUCGAUGAUAUGAAGAGGAAAAUUAUCCGGACCCCCCUGGAACCAUACCAAACGUUCAAGGACGAUCCCCUGCGCGUACUACGUCUCAUCCGAUUUGCUAGUCGACUGGGUUAUAGUAUCGAUGAGAGCACUGCAAGGGCGAUGCAAACCAGUGAGAUCAGCGAGGCCCUCAAGCUCAAAAUUAGCAAGGAACGCGUCGGGAAAGAACUCAACGGCAUGCUUCAAGGACCUGAUCCGCGGGGAGCUUUGGAACUGAUUGAUCGCUAUGGACUUUACCCGACAAUCUUCGCAAACCACCAGGAUGAUGCGUGCGCCGAUACCUCAACCUGGUCUCUAUCUUACAACACGCUGGCCACCUUGCUAUUUUCUCAAGAUUCCUCGGCAUCUGUUGGCAAAGUACGUAACAUGCUAAUCCGUGACACGAGCGAGGCCUAUUACGCAUGGAUAGUCGCUACAUUCGCUCCCUGGUCAGCCGUUCCAGGACGCGUCCCAACCGGCCCUAAGCCGAAACCCAUCCCUCCACGACCAGCCGAAGUGGCCAGAGACAGUCUCCGGUCUGACAACAAGACGAUGGCAAUCCUCAGCGAUGCGACUCACAAUUGGCGCUCCAUUAUCGAUGUCAAGUCGUCACUGGUGCAUGGCCGCAUGAAUGGCACCGAUGCAGAAAACCGCCAACAGAUUGGAUUGCAUGUUCGAUCGUGGAGAAAGGACUGGCGGCUGUGCAUAGUCUUAUCUCUGCUGCAAGAGGUCAUGCGAGGAGGCGAGUUUUCACAAGUCAUCCAAGGUUAUGACAAGUUCUUGACAUAUAUCGUAGAUCAAAAUCUGCAGGACGUUUGGGAAAUGAAGCCCAUCGUAAACGGAAAAGAGAUUUUCGAGCACCUCAAAAUGCCGAAGGGGCCGUGGAUGACCAAAGCCGUAGAAAUGGUCGUGGAGUGGCAGCUACUUCAUCCGGAAUGUACAGACAAAGAGAAAGCGCUGGAGAAUCUCUCUGCUAGAAAGGGAGAGUUAUAG